GAGUUGCGAGGAGGGGGGAGGGCAGAUUCGCCUUCUGAAUUGUGCAUCCAGCUCCCAGGGAUCUGUGUUUUGCACCCACCUUGCAAGGAAGGAUUGCAACCUUGCAAUCUUUGCAAAAGCUGCGUUUAGUAAGAAGACACAGAAGGGGUUGAAUCUGGAGUGGAGAUAGCCGAGCUGGGCUAAAGUUGCCCUCGAUCUGGGGAGAGAAAAUGGCUUCGGAGGAGGAGGAGGUGGGGACCACCCCGCUGGGCCUCCAGGAACCUUUUCCAACGGAGUGGGCAGGUGAGAAAAUGGCCGAUGGAGGCCCUAGAAGUCAGACAGACGUUUCUGAGGACGCCGGUGUGACCAACCACGUUGCUCUGGUGAAAAACGAAGCGGCUGCCGCACGCAAGGAAGUCUGCACGAGGGACGUCACGGAGAUGGUGGUGACGUCUCAUUCGGAAGCGGACGACCCCCGGCUUCCAGACCCGCCGCGCUGGGACGAUAUUUUUUUGACGUCCGUUGAGAAGGCUGUUGACACCCGUCCAGGAAAGUGGAUGUCGCAGCUCAUUCCGGGCCUGAAAGAGGAAGGGCCGCGAUUUGAGGAGAGGGAAGCGGGAGAUUAUGGGAAGGUGAAGGCGGCCAUCUUGCGGGUCGACGCCAUCAGCACCGAAGUCCAGCGGCAGCACUUCCGCCUGUUCCAAUACAAGGAGGCUGACGGGCCCCGCGAGGCCUGCAGCCGCCUCUGGUUCCUUUGCCACCGGUGGCUGAAGCCGGAGAGGCACAGCAAGGAGCAGAUUCUGGAGCUGCUGAUCCUGGAGCAGUUCCUGGCCAUCCUUCCGCCGGAGAGCCAGAGCUGGGUCAAAGAUGGCUGCCCGGAGACCUGCGCCCAGGCGGUGAUGUUGGCCGAGGAUUUCCUCCAGAGGCAGCGAGAGCCCGAAAGGCCGGAAGCACAAGUGCCGGGAUUGUUUGAGGAGGCCAGUGAGACGUCCCUGAAGGCCAAAGGAGCUCUCUUGGACCCUGAGCAGAGACAGCAGGGCCUGGAGGUCAAGGAGGAGACUGCUGCGGAGGACAGUUCUUCACGAGGCAACCUGUGCCCUAGUGAGAACAACAAAGGGAGCCCCCAGCCAGAGAACAGGGAGCACGAGGGGCUGUGUGAGGCAUCCGAUGAAGGCCUUGAGGAGACCUUCCCUCUCUUUGACAAACUGGAAGACCUACCUGAAAGGCCGCCGCAAUCAGAUAAGCCGUCGAAAAAGCCACCCAGGAAGAGGCUGCAAAAAUCCAUCCCAUUGGUGGGUGGUUACGAAGAUCUCGGUGUAGCCGCAGCAGAGAAGGAGACGGGUGAGGGCAAGCCGCCCAUGAAGAUCAUCGUCUACGAAGAAAACUUCAGUCAGGGCUCAGACCAAGCCGGAGAGAAAAUUCACAAGUGCUCGGUGUGCGGCAAAUGCUUCAGCCUCCGGUCGCGCCUUAUCGUUCACGAGAGAACCCACACGGGAGAGAAGCCGUACACGUGCUCCGAUUGCGGGAGGAGCUUCAGCGUCAGCUCGAGCCUCAUUGCCCACCGCAGGACGCACACGGGAGAGAAGCCCUACAAGUGCUCACACUGCGCCAAGAGCUUCAGUGUGAAGUCGGGACUGAUCGCUCAUGAGAGAACCCACACGGGAGAGAAGCCGUACAAAUGUCUGUACUGCAGCAAGAGCUUCCGGCGCAACUCGGGCCUUGUUAGUCAUCAGAGAAUCCACACCGGCGACAAACCUUACCAGUGCUCGGUGUGCGAGAAAAGCUUCAGCGACAUCUCGAACCUCAUCACGCAUCACAGGAUCCACACGGGGGAAAAGCCGUACAAGUGCUUGGAGUGCGGGAAAAGCUUCAGCCAGAGCUCGUACCUCAACAGCCACCAGAGAAUCCACACGGGGGAAAAGCCAUACGAGUGCUCCGAGUGCGGGAAAACCUUCAGCGUGAGCUCGCGGCUCAGGAAGCACCAGAGAAGCCACACGGGCGAGAGGCCGUUUAUAUGUCUGGACUGUGGGAAAACUUUCAGCGAAAGCUCAGAUCUCCUCGCGCACGAGAGGGCCCACACCGGGGAGAAGCCCUACCGGUGUUCGUUCUGCGGGAAGAGCUUCCUGCGCAGCUCGGAAGUAGUCAGCCACGAGAGGAUCCACACGGGCGAGAAGCCAUACCAGUGCGGGGAAUGCGGGAAGAGCUUCAGCGUCAGCUCCCGCCUCAGCGCGCACAGAAGGAUCCACACGGGAGAGAAGCCUUUCCAGUGCGUGGUGUGCGAGAGAAGCUUCAGCUACAAAUCACACCUCAUUACACAUCAGAGAAUCCACACCGGCGAGAAGCCCUUUCAGUGCUCCGUCUGUGGGAAGAGCUUUCGUGGCAGCUCUAGCCUCGUGGCACACGAGAGGACACACACAGGGGAGAAACCGUACCGGUGUUUGGACUGUGGGAAAAGCUUCACUCAGAGCUCAAACCUCAUUAGUCAUCAGAGAAUCCACGCAGAAGGAAACUCCCCAGACGGGAAGUGGCCCAGAAAGAGGAGCAGCAGCAGUGUCUACACACAGGGAAUGAUUUUGUGCUUGCCAGAGCUCUCUGAAAUCGCUGGGGCUCUGCAGCCGCCUGCAUGUUCAACUUCACUCACGGCGCAAGUCGCACAGAAAGUUGGCCUCCAAAUCCAGGAUGCUUCUUUCACAGGGGACGGCUCCCAUUUUGGAGACUGCGAAAGAGUGGCUGGCGAGGAAAUGGACGUCGCACCGCCUGUGUGGGAAAGGGGGGCAGGAGCAGGAAAUGCCCCCAGCCCUAGAGGACAAAACCGGAGAUCCGGAGAACAGAUUAAGCAGGAGCCAGAGGACAGGCUGCACCGGCACUGGGAUGCCCAGCUGCAGGAGUUCCUGAGGACCCUGGAGUCUCCCCACUCUGGCUGGGGGGUCCCCCAGUUGCCGGAGGAGCCCGCCCCCUGGGACGACACCAAGGGCUUCCUGGUCUCCUUCGAGCAAGUGGCCAAAGCCUGCCGGUGGCCCCGGGAAGAGUGGGCGGCCCGACUCCUGCCAGCCCUCAGCGGGGAAGCCGAGCGGGCCGUUAGCCGGCUGGAGGGCCGGGACAGAGAGGAUUAUGGGAAAGUGAAGGCGGCCAUCUUGCAAUGGGACAGCUUCCGGAGGGAGACUCGGCGCCAGCGCUUCAGGCGCUUCUGCUACCAGGAGGCCGAGGGGCCGAGAGGGGCUCACCGCCGGCUGCUGGAGCUUUGCGACGGGUGGCUAAGGGUCGAGAAGCACACCAAGGAGCAGAUCUUGGAGCUGCUCCUUCUCGAACAGCUCCUGACCGUCCUGCCGGCGGAGGUCCAGGACUGGGUCAAGGGACGGAGCCCAGAGACCUGCUCCCAGGCGGUGGCCCUGGCCGAGGAUUACCUGCAGAGGCAGCCAGAGGCCGCAAGGCAGCGACCACAGGGGCUGAAUCAACUGGAAGAAGAGGCGGCGGCUGCGGUGGAGUCCUCUGAGGCGGAACAGACUUUGUCUGACCUCGGGUGGAGUGUGUUUGGCCAGCAGGCCAAAGAGGAGCAAGUCAGCAGGCAUGCUGAACUGUUGGCAACAAAAGGUUGGAUGAAUGUAAGGAAGGAGGAGAAAUGUGCAGAAGCGGAUUUGAAGGAGGCAGAUCCAACUGGAACAUCUGUGGAGCCAGAGGAAGAGGAUGUUCCCCCAAGUCACAGGCAGGAAAACUUCCCAGAAAGUCAGCUUGGGCAAAAGGAGCAGCAGGAAUCUUGUCUGGAGAGCAACGAACAAACUUUGCUUUGUGGAGGAGACGACACUGAAAUCGCUGCCCAGCGACAAACCCGCCCUGGUUAUGAUGACCAGUCGAGGGAGUGUGACGAGAAAUACGGCCGAUUGGACUGUCCAGAGGACCGGCAGGAUGGCGAGCACCCGGGAACAGCAGCGGAGAGGGUCUCUCGGCCCAGACGCGAGAGGGCCCCGCUCCAAGAAGAGGCUUUCCGGUGUGGCGACUGCGGGAAGAGUUUCAACCGCAAGCAGAACCUCCUGAGGCACAAUCUGACCCACACCGGGGAGAAGCCCUUCAAGUGCGCCUACUGCCCCAAAAGCUUCGUCCAGGUCUCCGACCUGACCCGCCACGAGAGGACCCACACGGGCGAGAAGCCGUUCGGCUGCUCCUUCUGCGAGAAGCGCUUCAACUGCAACUCCAACCUGCUCAUGCACGAACGCAUCCACACGGGCGAGAAGCCAUUCAUGUGCCUAUCGUGCGGGAAGACCUUUGUCCAGAUCUCCGACCUGACGCGCCACGAGCGGACCCACACGGGCGAGAGGCCCUACGGCUGCUCCUUCUGCGAGAAGCGCUUCAGCUGCAACUCGCACCUCCUGGUGCACCAGCGGAUCCACACGGGCGAGAAGAAGCCGCACCAGUGCACCACCUGUGGCAAGAGGUUCAGCUACCAGUCAGUGCUGCUGGCGCACAUGACGGUCCACACGGGCGAGAAGCCCCACGCCUGCCCACACUGCGGGAAGCGCUUCCAUUCCCGCCCGGGCCUCAUCCGCCAUAAGAAGAGCCACGCGGGAGAGAAGCUGGCGCACAAGUGCUCCCAUUGCGCGGAGAGCUUUGGCCUGCGGCAGCAGCUCAUGCUCCACGAACGGACCGCGCACGCAGGGGCCAAGCGAUACCAUUGCUCGGCCUGUGGGAAGAGCUUCAACACUCACACCACCCUGGCUAGGCAUGAAAGGAUUCACAAGGGGGGAGCCACAUAGUAAUAAUAAUAAUAAUAAUAAUAAUAAUAAUAAUAAUAAUAAUAAUAAUAAAUUUUAUUUAU